AUUUAGUGACAUUUCGUAGUUUUAUUGACUUAUUGUUAUCAAUUGUUAUCAAUAUCGUUGUUUUUUAAUGGUAUAAGCACAGUUUUAUGUUGUGUUAAAGCUAAGAAAGUUAGUAUCUACAUUGUUAUGCCGAUCCAAAGGACCCAUAUAUCAGAUCGGCAAGAUAAUAAGAAGAAUGGGUCUUUGUUAUUGUCAGUAUAUACGCAUAGAACUUGCAUAGGUAUGCGUUUGUUUGGUUAUAUUAAAUGAUUAUAAUAAAGAGAACGAGAGAGACAUUUGGCAAGCAAAAUUCCACACGCCCAACGAUCAGUAUAUUUGGCGACUGCAAGCGGAGCGGAACGGGUGACAAACGUGCUGAUAAGCACUGCACUUUAGGAUGUAUGAGCUGGCAGCUUCUACGGCGCACUAAAAUCUCAUUAUUAGAAUGUGCGGCAGUUGGAACAGCACAAUGAGUAGUGGUGAAAACAGUAGCAGAAGAAGCAGCAGCAAUAGCAGCAACAACAUUAGUGAAGCAUGUUGUUUAGAGGAAGCAUCUACGAGUUUAAUUGGCAGUAAUAUUAGUCAAGUGCACUGUAUCAUCUGCUUGGAGUCCUAUAAGUCAGUGGAUAACAUCUGUGUCGGCUCUUGCGGUCACGUCUUUCACUGGAAGUGUCUAAAACGCUGGAAAAAGAACUCAGAACAAUGUCCCAUUUGUCGAAGUACAAGUGCCGAAUAUAUUCCAAUAUAUUUGAACUUUGAAGAUCCCGUUCAGUGUCAAAAUCUGACUCAAGGCCAAAGCCAAUCGAGCGAGUUCGAGAACAUGCUCUAUGAGGCAGCCCUUUACCGCGACGAGAUUAAGUAUUUAAACGAGCGCAUCAAUAAAUUAACGUUGAAGAAGUUAACGACCAAUCUGUUCAAUGAUUCAUCAAGCGAUUCGGACUAAUAAAUAAUAUAGUUUUAAUGGAUUUACAUAUAAAUACAUAUGACUGCACUAUUAUUGUAUAAGAUAUUACAUUGAGAGAAUGGGUCAGCAUUUUUUGUAAAUAAUACCAUUUACAAUUCUAUUUUAAAAAUCCAUAUACAUUAACUUUUUUAUUAUUGCGUUACAAUUAAGAUUACCCAUAAAUAUGCUAUAACUUCAAUAAAACCCAUUCAUUAGCUUA